AAUAUAUUUCUGAUAUUCUCUAGUCGUAACUAUGAUGCAAUGAUUGUUUUCUUUAUACUAUAUUAGAUCUAGUGGGGCGCGGUGGCUGAGUGGUUAAACUCUCGGCUUCCGAACCUGGGGUCCUGGGUUCGAACCUCGGUGAAAACUUGGAUUUUGAAUUUCAGAAUUUUCAGGGCACCCAUGAGUUCACCCAGCUCUAAUAGUUACCUGACUUUAGUUGGGGAAAGUAAUGGCGGUCGGUCGUUCUGCUGACCGCAUUACAGCCUGCUCGUUAACUGUUGGCCACAAAAACAGAUGACCUUAUCAUCUACCCCAUAUAUUAGAAGACCAUUGUUUCUUUCCGUUUGUGAAAUGCCGAAACGUUUUUUUUUCUAGUUUGGUGAUAAUCAGUCAUCCCUUAAACAUAUUCAUGGCAUCGGCGUUAUAUGAAUGUAACAUAUUUGUUGAUUUAGGUGUAGGCCUAGAUACAUGAAUGUAACAUAUUUGUUGAUUUAGGUGUAGGCCUAGAUACAUGAAUGUAACAUAUUUGUUGAUUUAGGUGUAGGCCUAGAUAUAUGAAGGUUUUUAAAAUUCAUUGUGUAUUUUUCAUUUUUCUUUUCUAUUUUUUUUUGGGGCCCCCUUUCACUUUGCAUUGGGCCUCCAGUUACCUAAAGCCAGCCAUGAUUAAAGUCUUGUUAUUCUAAUGUACCAGCCUCUACACGUCAAUACUUUAACACAGUGUUUCCAAAACUUUUUCCUUAACGGAAACACUUCGCACAUUCUGAGUAGUUAGCGGAACACUUUGCAAAUUCUGAGUAGUUAGCGGAACACUUUGCAAAUUCUUUUUUAGAGAUUAAUUCACUUGGUGCAAGUUGGUGGCAUUCUAGUUAAUUAUUCCAGUAGUUCGUGGAAAACAUAUUCAGUCCUCUCGGAACACUAGGUUUCCGCAAAACACAGUUUGUGAAACACUGCUUAAACACACAUAUUUCAUCUUACAAAGGUGACAUCCAGCGUCGAUGAAUCUCGUUAUAAUCAAAAACUUGUUUCUAGUUCUUUGUUUGUGAUAGAACUUCUCAAAGUCUAUUUGUUUGCCAAUCGUGGUUUGACUCAUGGAGUCAGUCGACGAAUGUAUACCGAAUCAACCAUUCCACACCUGCCAAGCAAAACCAACGCAACUAGAAGUAUGCACAGGUGGGACUGUCAGUGGGAAAAGCUACUCCUGGGCCAAACGUCGACAGCAAACAAGACCCAUGGCGAGCCUGCCACCCCGAGAUCAGGGUAAGAAGUGUCGGUGUCGGACACACUGGGGUACAAGGACCUGCUGUAUGAUACCUACUUUAUUGGUGCUAGCAGCUUCCACUUUAGUCUUAGGCUACUUCGUCUACCAACUCCAAUUUCCAGAACGUCAAUCAUGUGAUGUGGGAAGAACUUGCGCAAGGGUCAAACUUCAAGACUCAGAGAACAGGAACUGCAGUAUAGACAUCCACUUUGCAUAUGAUUGCCGGCUUCAACUAAAAGAUUCAUUUGGCUUGACUACGACAGCGAUACUUGUCGAUAACAACACUUUAAGGGUAAUGAAAGCUGGGCAAUACAUGAUUCAAUCAAUCGUAUUUAUUGAAGGAUGCCUAAAGAAUGGAUCUGAUGACAGUCAGGGAAGUCCAUUGAAUAUUUACGUAGCAAGAGAGCCAUUGUCGAACCAAACUACGAAAGUUUUGUUAAAUUAUACAGAACAUAAAAACUUCAGUCACAUUUAUGGACUUCAUAACUUCGAUACAGCGGACUUUGUUUUUGUGACUUUCUCUACGACAGUGAACAGCCCAGCUUCAUUUUUAGAAUUAAUAUUCAUACAACCAUAUUUUGUGAUUGAUGGACUUGAAUGGUGAAUACGUCUUGUUCUCUUCAGAAGUGAAAUAUGAUGACGUAAUGUCCAAAGUAUCCCAGAGGCCCUUGUUUAGGGGAAGAGAGUUCCUUUUUACGAAAUGAAAUAUUUUAAUCUUCAAGUCGAAAUCAUGCAAAGAUUGAACACACACUUUUAUAUUAAGCAACAAUACACACUAUAAUCCUAAUUCAAUAAAAAUAAAUCAUAGAAAUAAACUUAACAUCAUAAUUUAAUAAUUGUUUGACCUAUAAGGCACUGUUAACAAACAUUAUGUAGACUCAAGGGACUAUUAUGACAUAACAGACAGUUGAAAUGACAAACUAAUCAAAAAAAGUUUUGAACAGAUAUGUCUAAAUGUUAUUCCUGUAGUGAUGCACAAGGUUUGUCAAAAAACACACAAAUCGUAACUUUUGAGUGAGAAACAUGGUCCGACUAGAAGCGUAGAGUCCAUGGGGCACAGGGCUCUCGGAGGGACAUAAUGGAGUGAUCAGUUCGCUAAGGUACAAAGGCAUUUUAAUGUUUUAGAUCCACUGAUGGCAAAGUGUGGCCAUCUUGUCGUCGAUUCUUGCAUUCACAAGAGAACAGUUGCGGAAUCACGUCUUGUUUUCGUACGACUAGUCCUGCAGCAUGGUUCUGAAUUUGAUCCAUCUUAGCGAUUUUGUCCUCGGGUAAACCCGCUAGCACGGUGGUAGUUAAGGCGGGAGAGUAUGGAUGCUAAAGCGAGCUUUUCUGUUGACGCCGUUAUUAAAUUGGUCGAAUCUAGCCUAAUCUGCGCAUCUGCAGAGAAAGGCCCUUGCUGAGCUGGCUUAUGUAAGGGUCAAAAGACAGAGCUGAGUUGAAGAAAACUCCCAGAUUGGACGUGGACAAAUGCAACCUGGCAGUUUGUGAUGACUAGGGAAUCUGUACUCUACUUUUGUCAUAUUUUUUUGAGUGCCUAUCUUAAUUGCUUCUCGAGCUUAUUCUCAACUACCCAGGGAAUCACCAUGGCAACAGUUCCGCAGAUUGUUGUUGCCACAAAGCUUGAAACUUUCAUACUGAAUAGACUAUCAACGUCUAGUCUUUCGACUCAGGACCGGACACCACAGAAGGAGACAACAUUUACCGGAAGCUCAAAAUUGGAACAAGUGAAAUCUGACCAUUUGGAGUGUCACCAGAGAAUGCUGAUUGCUGACCAUGUCCUUCAAAACUGUUCUCUUUACCAUGAGGCCCGUACAAGACACUGGCCCCAAAAUACCCCAAUAGAAAGAAAACUAUAUGGAGAGCUCCCUGAUUUUGAACCCACUGCGCAGUUGGUCUGUAUUGGUCUAGUCAUCUGAACGCUCCAACAUAAAAAUGAGAAUAGAAUAGACUGAUUUUUUGGACCUGAAAAAAUACUCAUCCUGAUAAUAUUACUAGAUCUAUUAUACUAAAGUUAAUAGGACUAAUUAUUAGAUCUAUAAUGGUCGAUAUCUUUUGCAUUUUUCAUUUCUCUUUUUAAAUUAAAUUGACAUUAAUAGGCUAUGAAUUUAAGUGUACCUGAUAAAGAAAAAUAAUUCUGCUAAAAAAAAUACGGGUAGUUGGGAUCAGACCCGAUAGAGGCUAUAAAAAGAAAAGACAAGAAACAAGCGUGUGAAACUACACAUUUACAGUACUUUAUUUACCCAAGAUCUGUUGUUUUUUUUAGGAUUAGCUUAUUUCAAGUACCCGGCAUUUUCCGAUACACAAUUUCACAUACAAAAAUUUUUGUAGCAAUAAAAAUUGUAGUGAUUUUAAAAAUUGUAAUGAUUUUUUAAAAGGUGUUUUAAAAUGUGUUACUGUAAUCAAUUGUGAAUAUUCGUUUGUUAUGAAUCUCACUGUUUUGUGUUUGUUCUAGUUUCUUAAUGUUUUCUUUAGUUAAGGGGUCGUGUUUCCUCCUCAUGUUUAUACCUGAUUUCUUCUAGCAGCCGUUGUGAGACAUUGGUCCAAAAUAAUGCUAAGCAAAAGAAAAAAAAAUCGCAUUUGAAUGUUUUAGAUGAAGUCCAUUAAUUAUAGUUGCUUUAAAAAAUUGAUCUCAAACAUACCAUGGGCAUUGUUAUAAUAGUCAUAGAUAUAUAGAAUUUAGAAUUUGUAAUCUAUAUAAUAUAUUCAAGUCGAAUUCGAAUACUUACUAAUGUAACUGUAGAAUCAGUAUACAUCUACUACUAGAAUAUAGAUCUAGAUUUGAAAUAAAGUAGAACUAGAAUCUAAGAUAAUUAGAAUUUACUCUAGUCUAGAUUGUAACUCUAGGCAGUCUAGAUCUAAAGUCUUAGACUUAAAUAUUAAUUUUAGACUAGAUUUAAGUCUAGUAUACUAGAUUAGUAGUCCCUAUUAGGUCUUGGAGUUUAAAAGUAUAUCUAUAUAUUCAGUAUUGUAUUGAUAGUAGAUCUACUGAGUCUGAUCUAGACGAGCUAUAGAAUUUUUCAAUAUCUAAACGAAGAACAAACAUUUAGUUCUAAUGCUAAAAUGGUUAGAUAAGAGAAAACAAUAAUCAUUGGUACUGCAUGUUGUUAGGCGCUUCCGCGGUGUCUUAUGCAAAUACACCAAAUGGAGGUAACAAUCAACGUAGUACAAUUCAAUAACACCGCGAAAAUCCGAACAAUUAAUAUCUUCUUAUCUUAUCUUAUAUAAUACAGACGUUACUUCAAAAAAGAAGAUGAUUACGUCCUACGCGUCAUGCAUUUAGUCAUGCAUAUUAACCAAUGACUUAAAUUCUGCCAAGUCACUGGUUUUCCUGACUAGCUCAGGCAACCCAUUCCAUGCUCUAAUAGCACUAGGGAAGAAGGAGUAUUUGUACAAAUUUGUCCUAGCAUAUGGGACGAGGAAUGUGCCUUUAUCUUUGUGUCUUUCAGAGUAUUUUAUUAAAUUUUGUUUUUGUAUUUGAAGAUUAUGGUUCAGUGUUUUAUGUAUGAUUGCUACUUUACUUUUGAGCCUUCUGUCCUGAAGGCUUUCUAAAUUUAGUGAUUUUACUAAAGGUGCUACUCUAGUCAAAUGUGAAUAUUCGUUUGUUAUGAAUCGCACUGCUCUAUUUUGUGUCUGUUCUAGUUUCUUAAUGUUUUCUUGAGUUGAGGGGUCCCAAACAGAGGAUGCAUAUUCUAUUAUUGGCCUAACCAAGGUUAAAUAACAUUUUAGUUUUAUGUUCUUAUUUGAUUUAUAGAAAUUUCUUUUAAUAAAUGCUAAUGCUUUGUUUGAUUUU